UUAGUGUUUGAUAUAAGUAUUGUCAACAUUUUUUUCAUAGGAAAAUUGAAUAUUAAAAAAAGAUCUAAGAACAUGCGAAGCUUAUUCUCAAAUCGCUAUAACAAAGAUCGUAUAAUUUUCUAUGAGCGCUAUGAAGCCAUUCGAAGGCAACAUCCUAGCCUACCCAUGUACGAACGACCCGUUGAGCCAACACAAUUGGAAGUCCAUGAGUUUUAUAGUCGUCGACGUUAUCGCAGCUAUCGUGAAUUGGCCAAACAGACUCGCGAACAACGUGAAAAUGAAUCCUGGUUAAAUAGUGAACGUAUUCCCAUAACUGUGCGACGUAUAAUUGAGGAACGAUAUGAUCGUGAGAUUAUGCCAUUAUAUAAUUCAGAAACUGCUCAACAUGUCUUUAGUCAUAAUGCGAGACCCAAACGACGAGGACGUCGACCUGCAGCGACCACAGAGGCAAAAAUAGCUGCCGAUUUUGCCCUACAGGUAGGCGCUUACAAUCAUAAGAAUAUGAUAAAUAGAAAAGAGCUUGAAGAAAACCAAAAUGCAAGUACAGAAGAUGUGGAAAACGAGAAGUCGAAUGCGAAAGAUGAUGAUCAGAAGGAAACAUGAUAAUGACUUUAACUUAAUUUUGCCAUUUUUGGCAACUAAAUAAAUUGAAUUUCUAAACGCUUUAGUAGAAGAAAUAAAACAUUAUUUCUUGAAGAAAGUGUUGA